AUGGGCAAGAGAAAGAAGAACAAGUCUACAGAAGAUAAAAGUGCUAUGAAUAAAUACCAGGUUAUUGGUUUGGGAUGCUUAGCUCACUUGUACAAGUGCUCAGCUCUGCGAGAAAGCUGUGGGCUGUGCCUGAAAGCAGAUCCACGCUUUGAGUGCGGCUGGUGUGUGUCAGAAAAACGAUGUUCCCUACGUCAACACUGCCCAGUAUCGGAAAGUAGCUGGAUGCAUGCAAGCAAUGGCAAUAGCCGUUGUGCAGAUCCCAAAAUCCUUAAGUUGUUUCCUGAAACAGGCCCCCGACAAGGUGGAACUCGGUUAACCAUCAUUGGUGAGAACUUGGGCCUGAAGUUUGAUGAUGUACGCAUGGGUGUACGGGUUGGCAAAGUGAUAUGCAUCCCUAUUGAAAGUGAAUAUAUCAGUGCUGAACAGAUCGUCUGUGAGAUUGGAGAAGCCAGCCCCAGCAAAAUUCAAGAUGCCCCUGUAGAAGUGUGUGUCAGAGAUUGUUCUCCCAGCUACAAGGCCAUAGCUCCAAAAAGCUUCACAUUUGUGGUAAGGUGUUCUCUGGCUAGUAGAGGGGUACAAAUAAGGGUGACCUCUCAGAAUCGUUACUCUCUGAAUGAUGGCAGUUAG